UGGACUGGUACGCAACAUUCCCCUCACUGGCUUUGUUCGCAACAAUGGAAUGCAUCGCCGUGAACUUCUGUUAUGGAACAAGACAACUACAAGAGGAUAUACAGACAAUGUGGGGCAAGACCGCUCCCCGAUGUAUGAGGAUAUGUAUGCGCUUCGUGUCUCCUGUGCUUCUAUUGGUUAUUUUCACCUUCUCCCUCUACUCCUACCGACCUCCUCAGUACGCCGGCUACAUCUUCCCUACCUGGGCCACUGCUGUCGGCUGGAUGAUAUCCAUGGCCUCAAUACUUCCCUUCCCUGUUUUCUUUGUUUGGACAGUGUUUCACACACACGGAGCCACGCUGAAAGAGAAACUGAAACAGGCGAUCAAACCAAACAAGAAAUGGGGUUGCCAAACAAAAACAGACUGCGAGAGUGAUGACAUCAGCUUUCAAGCUAUGAUAGAGGACAGUCUGUGAUGCAAUACAGACCUGGCGGUAGAGAAGGCUUUCAGUAUAGGAAUUGAUAUUACAUAAAGUGAAUAUAUUACUUUUCUAUCCUGGACAUAUUCACCACCAUAGCCUCGUUUUCAGUCCAGUUCAAAUGACACGGCGCUAAAAAUAACCAUCCAAAUUUCAUGAAACAAACGCACAAUCACCAGUAUUUGACUCGCCUUCUUGCGUGUCAUCACAUGUACAACAUGAUCUUUCUUACGAAUAAGGACUUCCCUCGCCCUGGCUUAAUAACCAGGAAACAGUGCUCUGAUUUGAUUAGAUAUAUGGACGGCUCGUUAGUACGAUCCUACAAUUUUGAAAGUAGAUCUGUGCCGAAUUCAAAAGAGGCAUUAUAGUUGUUGGUUUCAACUUCGUGAAUGAAAAACAAUCAGUGCUUGGUUAGUGAUAAGAGGGAUUGAGAUUGUCAAGCACCACUUCCGAGACGAAUCUAUGGUGAAGGAUGUUAAAUGUUAAAGGCAAUGAGCGAAAGGUUUUGACAUUUGAAACGGGGCACGUUUGGUAACCUAUGAUGGUGGGUUCGAAUCCCGGUUCUCCCCAAUUAUGUUUCUAGGUCUGUCAGCACAAUACAUGUGCUCGUUCGUUCCACCACAUCACCUCUGGCUUCCUCCACAA